CCUUUUUCUUUUUUUUUUAUUUUUUCUUUUUUAUUUUUAUUAUACAUAUAUACUUUUGUAAUAUUUGAUAAAUGAAGUCAUGGAUUUAUCUAUUAUCAUUUUUAAUAGCCAAUAUUUAUUGUUAUCAUAUUGGAAAUGGAAUAGCAGAUAUAACAGGACCUAUUACACAAGUUAUGCUAAUGGGUUAUGCAACAUUGGGUCAAACAGGUCAAGGGAUCCUUCAACGUCUAUGGUCAAGAGCGUUUAUUAUUUUCGAUGAGAAAACACAAACAAGAAUUGUCUUUGUGAAUACUGAUACUCAAUCAAUGGGCGAUAUUGUAAAGAAACGUGUAGUAGAAGGACUUCAAUCCAAAUAUGGUCCUACUAUGUAUACUAUACAUAAUGUUAUGAUCUCAAGUACACACUCCCAUAGUGGAAUGGGUGGCUAUUUACAAUAUACCCUUUAUGAAUUUGCAGCUUUAGGAUGGAUUGAAGAAACUGUAAAACCAAUGGUAGAUGGAAUUAUUCAGUCAAUCAUGAAUGCACAUGAUAACCUUCAAGAGGGAUCAAUUGCCUUUUCUGAAGGAGAAUUAUUAAAUACAAAUAUUAAUAGAUCACCUCAAGCAUAUUUGAUGAAUCCUAUCGAGGAGAGAUCACUUUAUCAAUUUGAUGUAGAUAAAAACAUGUCAAUACUAAGCUUUAGAAAUAAAGAAGGAGAUGGUUUAGGCUUAAUAAGUUGGUUUCCAGUUCAUGGCGUUUCUGUAAAUAAUACGAAUAGAUUGAUUAAUGGAGAUAAUAAAGGAUAUGCUGCUUAUCUGGUAGAAAAAAUAAUGAACAAUGAUAAUCGUAGUAGUAGCAGUAGUAGCCACCGGUUUGUUGCUGCUUUUGCACAGCAGAAUGAAGGGGAUGUAAGUCCAAAUAUAUUAGGUCCUUACUGUACAGGAACUGACAUACCUUGUGAUGGAACCCGCGACUCAAAAUGUGCCAAAGGUCAUUAUUGCGUUGGAAGAGGGCCAGCAUGGAAAAAAAGUGACCUUGAAUCAAAUCGUAUUAUUGGACAAAAUCAAGCAUAUAAAGCAUUACAGUUAUAUGAUGGCCAGCAAGUCGCAAAUCCUGUUAAUGGAAAAGUAGAUUAUGUACAACGUUAUUGGGAUAUUACAAAAACUAUCAUUACUGAUAAAAAUGGCGUUAAGGUGCAACUAUGCCAUCCUGCUAUGGGUUAUGCUUUCGCUGCUGGUACAACCGAUGGGCCUGCUCUAAAUGGAUUCUAUCAAAAUACGACAAAAGGAACAUUUGGAUGGGACUUAAUUAAGGAUAUAGUGCAAAAGCCUUCGAAAGAGCAAAAAAAAUGUCAGGCACCUAAACCUAUUUUAUUAGAUACAGGCGAAAUAAGCACUUUAUACCCUUGGCAGCCUGUAAUUUUAGAUAUUCAACUAUUUCGUAUAGGUAACGUAUUUAUUUAUGCUGUUCCAUCCGAGUUUACAACAAUGAGUGGUAGAAGACUAAGGAGUUCUAUUAAAAGAGCAUUAAUUAAGUAUCGCUUGGGUAAUCAAGAUACAAUUGUCAUUCAUUCUGGUCCUGCAAAUGGCUAUGCUUCUUAUUGUGCAACAUUUGAAGAAUAUCAACAUCAAAGAUAUGAAGGUGCUUCUACUCCAUAUGGACCUCAUACUUUAGAAGCCUAUAUAAAAGCGUUUGAUGAACUUGUUUACAUGAUGGCUAACCCCAAUAAUCACAGUAUUAAGUCAGAGGAGCUUUUAGAUUAUACAAAGCAAGGAUUCAAUUUAACACCUAAAUAUCGAUCUGAUCAGCCUCAUCUCUUUCGAUCUUUUGGAGAUGUUCUACAAGAUGUUUCCUCUAAAUAUUACAGUAAAAAUAAUUUAUCUUCAUCUUUUAUUGUUUCUGCUAUCUUUGUAGCUGGUAAUCCACGUAAUGAUCCCAUGUUAGGGAAAACAUUUUUGACAGUUGAAAAAAAAAUUGGUAAAGAUAAAUGGAAAAUCAUACGAACAGAUGACGAUUAUGAUACUAGAUUUAUUUGGAAAUAUAAACAUCUAUUAUUGGGUACGUCAGAAGCAACUAUCGAAUGGCACGUUUCAGAUAGUGUUGAACCAGGUAUUUAUAGAAUAGGAUAUAUGGGAAAUAGUAGAUUACCUUUUAGCAAGGAAAUCAAACCACAUAAGGGCUAUUCAAGUGAAUUUGAAAUUAGCAAUAUGUAUUAAAUAAUACUGAAUAUACAAAAUAUUAUACCAAAUUAUGAAUACGUUACUAGUAUAAAACCACUUGAAACUAUUAUCUAUGAUAUAAAUACAUAUCAAAGGCUUUAUAUUUAGCUGUUGUUGUUUAAAUUAAAAAAAAAUUCUUUAAU